AGCCGCGAGUGCAGUAUAAAAUGCAGUGGACGCCGAUGCAACGCCACCAUUAGACAACUGCUAGUUUGUCCAGCCGCAUAGGGGAAUCCGCAAUACCGAGAACCGCUCAACAUGAUGAAAUUGAUGCUAGUCGUUAGCUCGAUGGCCGUGCUCCUGGCCCUGGCCAGUGCCCGUCCCCAAAAUGAUGUGGAAGUUCUGGAGUACGAAUCGGAGAACACUGGCCUCGGCGGCUACAAGUUCAGCUACAAAUUAAGCGAUGGCACCAGUCGCACGGAGGAGGGCGUGGUCAACAACGCGGGCACCGACAACGAAUCCAUAUCCAUCCGCGGAUCCGUCACCUGGGUGGCUCCCGAUGGUCAAACCUACACCAUUAACUUUGUGGCCGACGAGAACGGUUUUCAGCCGGAGGGCGCCCAUCUGCCCAAGUAGAUCUUCGCUUCCGAGCAGAUCCUGUAAAUACCACCAACCCGAAAGAACCCACAACUCCAACCAACCAGCCAUACAGUGAGGUGCUAAGGUCCUGUCCGGAGGAGCUGUCCAUUGUCCCGUGGCAGCCAAUCGGUCAGUCAGUUAGUAAGUCGAUCAGUCAGUCAAGUCAGUGUCGUGCAUUGUUUUCUGUUUUCCUUGUUACUCGCAUUAAAACCGAACUUUCGAUUCUCGAAAAAAAAA